GUACGCAUCCUAUUUUGCGGACAGGUAGGACAUCAACUGGACAUUUGCCCCCUCGAUUUAACGACCAUCCAUUUUUUCGGACCCUUAUAGUUGCUUAUAUCGAGAUUCGACUACCUCUAGGUUGUACCCUAAAAAUUUUUCCAAACGGAACUCUCCUUCCACGAUUUCAAGAGUCAAUUUCUGCUUCAUUUUCCCUCACUUUCUAAUAUGUAGGAUAAUCCAAAGAUUUUCCGCUUUCCAGAAUUUUCCCCCUCCUCUAAGCAAAUUCCCCUAUACUUCCCAACAACAAAAACCUCCUCCUACAUUGUAUUCUCAAUGAGAAGAACAAUAAAAAUUCAACCAGCCGACUAUCUACCAACCCUUUCUACACUAAAAAUUUGUGCCAGCGGCAGUCCUCCCUCCCCCUCUUUUUACAAAAUGUGCGUAAUGUAUUAUUUACUAUAUAUCUACAAACAGGCGCAAAUAAGAGGCACAAACAUUCAUCACACAGGCUUUGGCCACAGGCACAUUGACAAGCUUUAGAAAAAAAAAUUUUUUCAUUUUUCUUUUGUGCGGUUUUACAUUUUUCAUUGUGUGCCCUCUCCUAUACUUUGUUUGUAAAAUGCAAAUAUAAAUUUUUUAUUGAGGGAUAAAUUUAAAUAAAAAAUUAAAAGGGCGAUUUAAAGGAUAAAAACGGUCAAUUUUACUUUAAAAAUUUUUUUUGACCAUUUUGAACCCUUGAAAUUUAAAAAAUUUGUCAUUUCGACAUUUUUCAGCUUUAAAAAGUAAAAUACGUCCCUUUCCUUAAUUUAAAAUUUUUUUUACCAUUUUGGUCCUUUGACGUUUUGUGACAUUAUGUCAUUUGGCAUUUUGUCGUUUUUCCACAUUCCUCAAUUUUUUUCUUUGUGUGUGUCCGGGACUGUAAAUUAAUUUUUUUCUACAAAUCUUGACUCUCCAAAAUUAUUUAAUACUAAAAAUAAAAAUAUUGCCGGUCGAGAUAAAAAUCCUUUUAUAUUUUUCCUGGUUAUUUUCUUCGCAGAUUUUCCCCUUUCUUCUAUUUAUUUUUUAACCCUUUUACUAGCUAAUAUAUAUAUAUCCGGAUAUAUUCUUAAAAAAGAUAUCUACACGUAUUUAUCGUUUCGGAGAUUGUGUAGAAAAUUAAUUUUUAAGGAACAACAAAACAACAGUUUAUAGUCUUUGUAUUUAUAUUUAUAUAAUUUAUUUUUAUCUAAAAAAAUGUUUUUUAUGUAGUCAGAAUUAAUUUACUGGAAUUUAUUUUAUUUAUUCUGAAAAGUGUUUAUUUUAUUUCUGAUUUGUAUUUUUCUUGUAUUUUUUAUUUUAUUCUGAUUUUUAUUAAUUAAAAUUCUGAUUUGUAUUUUGUAUUUCUUCUGUUUAUUAAUAAUUCUGGUCUGUAUUUUCUUUGUGUUUUCCGUUUAUUCUGAUUAAUUAAUAAUUCUGAUUUGUAUUUUCUUUGUGUUUUUCUGAUUAUUUAAUAAUUCUGGUUUGUACUUUCUUUGUAUUUUCCGUUUAUUCUGAUUAUUUAAUAAUUCUGAUUUGUAUGUAUUUAUUCUGAUUGGAUACAAUCUCUUCUGUAUUUUCUUAUUUUUAUUCUGUUUUUUGUAUGUAUUUUUCAU